AUGAAAGCGUUCCGAUUUGAAACCGUCGAUCAAGGCCUAUGCUUGCAACAAGUGCCCCCUCCGAGUCCCUCACCCGGAGAGGUGGUAGUCCGUGUUGAGGCCGCCGGUAUCUGUCACUCUGAUUUGCAUGUACUACACGGUCAGGGAAGUGGCUGGAUGUCUAAGUUGCCAAUCACACUCGGACAUGAGGUUGCGGGUAUAGUGGAAGAGGUUGGACCGGAUGUGGUCGGGUUCAAGAUCGGUGAUCGAGUUGGGGUGGCUCUUCUUCCUAAAGAUGCCGAUUUGACAAAUGUCAUUGGUAUUGCGGCUAUAACUGGAUCUACAACGGUGGCGAUUGUCGGACUCGGAGGGCUAGGACUGAGUGGGGUCGGCAUAGCUUCAAUCGAAGGCGCUACAGUAUUGGGUGUGGAUAUCGAUGACAAAAAGUUUGCUGAUGCUACUGCCUUUGGCGCAAAAGCAUGCUUCAAGAAACUCGACGAUAUCCCUUCUGAAGUCAUCAUAGAUGUUGUAGUCGACUUUGCUGGGGUUGGAACAACAACUCAGGAUGCUUUGCGAAGAUUCCGAUCAUCUGGGAUGGUAGUAUUAGUUGGAUUCGGGGUGCCAACCUUCGAAUUAUCUACCAAUACCUUGAUGUCGCGCAAUCUCACCCUUCGUGGAUUGGUAGGGUCUACAAUGGCUGAAUAUCGCAAGGUACUAGAUUUGAUUGCUUCUGGGCUAAUCAAGCCCAAGUUGGAGGAGAUUCCUUUUCUUGAAAUACCUAACGGUCUUCGGAGGCUUGAGCGCCUUGAGGUAGUUGGUCGACUUUUUUCAAGACCAAACGCAUAA